GGAAUGGGUCAGAAAGAAAUAGAGGUGGGCAGAGGUGUGACUGAGUAGGCAGAGGCAGACACACUCACGACCAGCGGGGUAUUUACUAUAAAUUAUUUAUUUAGAUUUUUUUCUUAAGGGAAAGCUUGAGCUUAGUUUUUCGUGCGUAAACGUGACAGGUUAUGCCAGUUCUUAGAAGUUCUGCUGCACUUACAGACCGACCAAGCAUUUCAUAUCGAGGUAGUGUCUGUGCAUUUUAGGCAGUGUUUUAUGUUGCAUGUUGCGUUCAGACUUUUAGGGACACUUCUGUGCUGUUCAUUUUAUUAUUAUUUUUUUUUUAAUUGGACCAUCUUAAUUUCAGAGUAAGAGUCACGGCGCUGCACGGAUUGCAAUGCUCAGCAUUCUGGAGGUUUGGGUCACCUUAGUGACAGUUUGUGCGCUGACCCGGGGGGUCUUUGGAGGGUACGGGUUGAGCAUGUUCGCUGCGCAAUCCUCUCCUCCGGACCCGUGUUACGAUGAGAACGGGAACCCUCGGAGGUGCAUCCCGGACUUUGUGAACUCCGCUUUCGUGAAGGACGUGCGCGUAUCCAGCACCUGCGGGAGCCCCGCGACCAGGUACUGCGUGGUGGCAGAGAAGGGAGAGGACAGGACGCGGGACUGUCACACGUGCGAUGCCGCCGACCCCAAAAAGUCCCAUCCGCCUGCGUAUUUAACGGACCUCAACAACCCGCACAACCUGACCUGCUGGCAGUCUGAGAAUUACGCGCAGUACCCGCAGAACGUCACGCUCACCUUGUCACUGGGUAAAAAGUUCGAGGUCACUUACGUGAGUCUACAGUUUUGCUCACCCAGACCCGAAUCCAUGGCGAUCUACAAGUCCAUGGACUACGGCAAAUCGUGGGUGCCUUUUCAGUUUUAUUCCACGCAGUGCAAGAAAAUGUACAACAGGCAGAACAAGGCGACGAUCACCAAGCAGAACGAGCAAGAAGCCAUCUGCACGGACUCUCACACGGACAUGCACCCGCUGACAGGUGGCCUCAUCGCCUUCAGCACCCUGGACGGCAGACCGUCAGCGCACGACUUCGACAACUCUCCGGUGCUGCAGGACUGGGUGACGGCCACCGACAUUAAGGUGAUCUUCAGUCGGCUUCACACUUUUGGAGACGAAAACGAGGACGACUCGGAGCUGGCCCGAGACUCUUACUUCUACGCCGUGUCGGACCUGCAAGUCGGAGGAAGGUGCAAGUGCAACGGCCACGCAUCCAAAUGCGUAAAGGACAGAGAUGGGAAUCUGGUCUGUGAGUGCAAACACAACACGGCGGGUCCAGAGUGCGACAGGUGCAAACCUUUCCAUUAUGACCGUCCCUGGCAGCGCGCCACGGCCAGAGAAGCCAACGAGUGCGUCGCCUGCCACUGUAACCUGCACGCACGCCGCUGCCGUUUCAACAUGGAGCUGUACAAGCUGUCGGGCCGGCGGAGCGGCGGAGUCUGUCUCAACUGCCGCCACAACACUGCGGGACGCCACUGCCACUACUGCAAGGAGGGUUACUACAGGGACAUGACAAAGUCCAUCGCUCACCGGAGGGCCUGCAAAGCGUGUGAUUGUCAUCCAGUCGGAGCUGCGGGUAAGACAUGUAACCAGACGACAGGCCAAUGCCCGUGUAAGGAUGGAGUGACAGGGAUCACUUGUAAUCGCUGUGCCAAGGGCUACCAGCAGAGUCGCUCUCCCAUCGCCCCCUGCAUCAAGAUCCCAGUCGCAUCUCCAACAGCAACUUACAGCAGCUACGAGGAGCCAUCAGAUUGUGAAUCUCACUGUAAAGCCUCGAAGGGAAAAAUGAAGAUCACCAUGAAGAAAUACUGCAAAAAAGACUAUGCUGUGCAAGUUCAUGUUCUAAAAGGAGACAAGGCAGGGGAGUGGUGGAAAUUCACUGUCAACAUCAUCUCAGUCUAUAAGCAAGGUGAGCACCGCAUCCGACGUGGGGACCAGCUGCUGUGGGUACGCGCCAAGGAUGUGGCGUGCAAAUGCCCAAAGAUCAAGCCUGGGAGGAAGUACCUGCUGCUGGGAACAGACGAUGAUUCUCCCGGGCAGAGCGGCGUGGUGGCAGACAAGGGAAGCUUGCUUAUCCCCUGGAAGGACCUGUGGGGUCGCAGGCUGAGGAAGUUCCAACAGCGUGACAAGAGGGGGAAGUGUUAAAAGUAGAUGGAGGGGUGGAGGCAAAACAGUGCCUCCACUGGGAUGAAUGCAGAAGAAGAGGAAAGGAUGAAUGAAAA